GGAGCCGCUCCCGUGGGGGGGUUAAGGAGGGAUGAGCAGCGGCGAUUCCUAGGCUGCCGCGUGGGAGCGCUCGCUUUUGGAGAGGAGGACCGGCUGGAAAGGUCAUUUCUCUGAUGAUACUGCAACCUCGGCUGGUUCUUUUUCAGGCGGAUAGGAGAUGGCCUUGGCGGACCCCGGGAGUGGCAGCCCCAAGCCCGGCUCAGCCUUCCCAGAGAUCGUGGAGCUGAACGUCGGUGGUCAAGUCUACCUGACUCGCCAUAGCACCCUGCUGAGCGUCCCCGACUCGUUGCUCUGGGAGAUGUUCGCCCCCAACGGCAGCCAGCCCUUGGCCCGGGACAGCAAGAACCGCGUCUUCGUCGACCGAGACGGUUUCCUCUUCCGCUACAUCCUUGACUACAUGAGAGACCGCUGCCUCGUGCUGCCAGAAAACUUCCCGGAGAGAGGCCGGCUGCGGCGCGAAGCUGAGUUCUUCCAACUCCCGGAGCUGGCCCGGACGUUGGCGCCCGAAGCCGGCCAGCAGGACUCGGACGAGGAGGGCCAAAGUGACUCCGAGGAUCUUUCCCCCGGGCCCGACGCCCCGGGAAUCUCACCCGGCGGACAAAGCACACGGAUAUCCGGUUUCAUCACGAUCGCCUGCCGGGGCUCGUAUGCCCUGGGCCGAGACGGCCAGGCAGAUGCCAAAUUCCGCCGGGUGGCGAGGAUCACGGUCUGCGGCAAGACGGCAUUGGCCCGGGAGGUCUUUGGCGAGGCGCUGAAUGAGAGCCGGGACCCCGACCGAGCGCCGGGGCGCUACACGUCCCGCUACUACCUCAAGUUCACCUUCCUGGAGAAAGCCUUUGACCAGCUAGCCGGCGCUGGGUUUCAGAUGGUGGCCAGCAACUCAACAGGGACCUGUGCCGUCGAGCCGGCGGACUGCAAGAUCUGGACCUCGUAUGCCGAAUACGUCUUCUACCGUGAGUGACGCUCGGGCUGAGCCAAACCCAAACACACCCCGUAGAGUGUAGACAAACCAACAAACCCUCUGGCCUCUCCUCGCUCGCUUCCUGAACCGAACCCUCUCUGGAUCCUUCAGAGUAGCACCAACCCUCCUCCCUGGCUUUCUCCGAAUUGCGGACUUGGAUGUGUGUGUGGGGUGUGUGUGUGUGUGUAACGAUGUAUCCGUUUCGCCAAGGGGAAUUCCCUCAGAUUGCCAAACCGAGACGCCGUCGGGAAUAGAGGAUCCAAAUGGCGGUGUCGAUCUGAAAGAUGGUUGCAACAGGACUCGCCCCCCCCCAAAUGAAGGGAUGCCCCCUCUUUUAUCAGUUCUCCCUUUCUCUUCUGAGGAAGCACCAUGCACCCAGCACAGAUACAUCAUGCAGAUGUCAUGUAAGGGGGGGAAAUGACGGAGUGAGAGACUCCUCAGUGGCCCAGCUCCCCAGGGCGCUAAUCCCCCCUCGGGUCCAUGCGGUCAGUCAAAGGAGGAAUUCCCGGCCCGGUAAUUUGUGUGGGAAUGUUAGGGAUGUGGAUUAGGAUAUAUUAUUAGACCCUAUCCAAGCUUGUGUUAGCGAGCUUCCAAUAUCAGCAGAGCGACAUUCCCCUUUUGUGCGCAGCAAAGCGUGAGCAUUAGGUUUGUUAGAACCUCUGCAACAAUAUUAUACUUCCUGGCAAAUUCCCUUUGUCCCUCUUAAAAGAAACACACGACACAAUAGCAUUAAAAUAAGAUAGAGUUUACUCACAUGACAUCCUGAGUUAACAGCAUAAUCUCUCUCUCUCUUUUUAAUAAUAAUAUUUAUUUAUUUUUCCUUCACCAAACCUAUACAUUUUUUUACAUAUACAUUGUUUUUUUUCCACUUUCCAUACAAUAUCUCCAACCCUCCUUUCUCAACAAAAAGGAGAAAGGGAAAAGAAAAGAAAAUUAUAUAACUACAUCAAACACACACACACACACACAC